AUAUCCCCUUGCAAUGCAAUCAACAGCACCACAACUACUAUUAUUCCACCCUGCUCUGCCCACGCUGGCAAUAUAAAUAAUAAGCUUUUUCCUGCACUAGUUGGUAUUACUGCUACCACCGGGCUCUCGCCUGCUAUAAUUAUCGCGAUUACGUCCUCCUGUACGCCUCGGAACACCGCCUUUAUACCUAUUAUCCGCUUUAACUAUACCGCUAUAUCUAUCUUCCUUAACCGCGCCUAUUAA